AGUAUUUUGUGUUAAUAUGAGCUGGGUAUAGUAGAGGGAUUGAUUGUCUAUCAGGAUGAUUCUGAGGCAUUUUUCUAAUGCCUCUAAAUUCCCAGUUUUGCUGAGGCAGAAUCCUGGCCAGCAGCCUCUGUUACACAGGUCCACACCCUCCCGGAUAAACUGGCAGAGUAGACAGUUUAAGAAUGAGAGCCGGGGUGGUUCGGAGCGAUUGCGAGGUUCUCAGCAGUCUCUGGCCCCAACUCCUACGCCUUUUGACAAAUUCAGUUCCGAUGGUGGUCAUAUGAGCCCUCAGCGAUUGUGGAAGCCCCUCGUCUUUACGCUUGCUGUAUCAACGGGGAGUUUUGUGUCUGUGACGAUCUGGGAGUAUGAGAGGGUCCGGGCGAGGAUUCUGCGAUCUGUGAAGGGCUCAGCAGCUCUUGGGUGGUUCAAGAGCAAGGCUCAAGGGACCCAGAAAAGGGCUACGGGUUGGAGACUGGAAGUAGAGAAUUGGUGGCGGAAUCUCCCUGAAGGCGACAAGGUAUUCAUCCCGAUUUGUGCAAUGAACCUUUUGGUAUUUGGUCUGUGGCGAGUUCCUCGGCUCCAACCCAUGAUGGUCAAGUAUUUCUGUUCCAAUCCUGCUGCUAGAGCCAUUUGCUGGCCAAUGUUCCUUUCCACCUUCAGUCACUAUUCCCUGUUUCACAUCUUCGCCAACAUGUAUGUCCUGCGCUCCUUCUCCGGAGCUGCCAUUCAUGCCCUCGGCCGGGAGCAAUUUGUGGGAUUAUACUUGAGUGCUGGAGUUGUCUCAUCUCUGGCCAGUUACAUCUACAAGACUGGAGUCCGACAGGCUGGAUUGUCUCUUGGGGCUUCUGGAGCCAUCAUGGCUAUUCUGGCUUUUGUUUGCACCCAAUUCCCAGACACUCAGCUCAGUAUCAUCUUCCUGCCCAUGUUCACCUUUUCGGCAGGAACUGCCAUCAAGUGCAUUAUGGGCCUGGAUAUGGCUGGGCUAGUGAUGGGUUGGAAGAUCUUUGAUCAUGCUGCCCAUCUCGGUGGGGCGCUCUUUGGGCUGUUCUGGUACUAUUACGGAAGUCUGCGCAUCUGGCCAAGGCGGGAAGUCAUUCUCCGGGAAUAUCACAAAAUAAGGGAAGAACGAAAGAAGUAGUUGGAAAUUUCCUUAAAGUAACCACCCUCUUUGUAUAGAUAUUGAGCUGAUUCAAUAAAUUAUGUUAUUUUUGA